AGUCCUUACCGGAAGCUCCUCAACAAGCGGCGGCGAAACUUUAUUGGCAGAGGGGAAGGGGGAACAGCCGGCGAGGGGAUGUCGGCGAACUACGCGGCGGGGCUGUCGCCUUACUCGGACAAGGGCAAGUGCGGCCUCCCGGAGGUGAGCGGAGGGGACGGGGGGGGGAAGGGGUUGCCAUGGAUACCGAGACUCCCCCUCCCUCCCCCAUUGGACUGCGCGGGGGGGGGCGAGGAGGGCGCCUGAGGGAAAAGACCCGGAUGUGGAGGCAGAAUGGGAAGGACCCGGAUGUUGGGGAUUCCCUCCUCCUCCUCCCCCUCCCGCCUCUGGGCUUUUAAUGUUAUAUUUCCUUCGCUCAGUUCACAGUUUUUAUUAUUUUAUUAUUUUCAUUAUUUUAUUUAUUUAUUAUUGUUCUGUUUUAUUAUUUAUUUAUUAUUUAUAUUUUAUUUAUUUAUUUAUUUUUUAUUGUUUUAUUCAUUUAUAUUUCCAAACUGUUUUGCUUUACUGUAUUUCAUUUCAUAGUCAUUCAUUCAUUUCAUUCAUUCUUUUUUAUUAUUAUUAUUUCCAUGUAUUUUAUUUUUAUUUUCCGUUCAUUCGUUCGUUUCGUUUCAUUCUUUUUGUUUUUAUUUCCAUUAAUUUCCAUUUGUUUCUGUUCGUUCCAUUUUUCAUUUUUAUUUCCGUUUAUUUUAUUUUUAUUAAAUUCACUCGUUUCAUUUCAUUUAUUCUUUUUUAUUUCCAUUUAUUUUUUAAAAAAUUAUACAUUCAGAAAAGUACAGCAUAGUACGGCUUAUUGAGGAAAAAUACAUUUUAGUAAAGAUACAUUCAGAUACAUUCUUAAAGUCAAUGAGAAAGAUACAGCAAAAAUGAUACAUUUAGGUACAGCGAAAAAUGAUACAUUCUCCAAAGCACAGUUUACAUUCUUGUAGGGGAUUAAAGCAGAAUACUAUAUAUCUGAUAUUGGUAGAGUCAUUUUCCUUUAUUCCCCUCUCUGACCCUGACUUGCCGAUCAGAAGGUCAGCGGUUCAAAUCCCCGUGACGGGGUGAGCUCCCGUUGCUCGGUCCCUGCUCCUGCCAACCUAGCAGUUCGAAAGCACGUCAAAGUGCAAGUAGAUAAAUAGGUACCGCUCCGGCAGGAAGGUAAACGGUGUUUCCGUGCGCUGCUCUGGUUCACCAGAAGCGGCUUAGUCCUGCUGGCCACAUGACCAGCUGUACGCCGGCUCCCUCGGCCAGUAAAGCGAGAUGAGCGCCACAACCCCAGAGUCGGCCGCGACUGGACCUAAUGGUCAGGGGUCCCUUUACCUUUACCCUGCCCAUCUGGCUGGGUUUUGCCAGCCACUCUGGGCAGCUCCCAACAGAAUAUUAAAAUACUAUUAAUAGACAGUAGUCUAUUAAACAUUAAAAGCUUCCCUCAACAGGGCUGCCUUCAGAUGUCUCCUAAAAGUCAGGUAGUUGUUUAUUUCCUUAACAUCUGAUGGGAGGGCACCACCACCGAGAAGGCCCUCUGCCUGGUUCCCUACAGCCUCACUUCACGCAGGGAGGGAACCGGCAGAAGGCCCUCAGGAGAUGGACCCCGGUUUCUGGGGUGGAGACGCUCCUUCAGGGAUACUAGGCCAUUUAGGGCUUUCAAGGUCAGCACCAACACUUUGAAUUGUGCUCGGAAACAUCCUGGGAGCCAAUGUAGGUCUUUCAGGACCGGAGUUACAUGGUCUCCACUCCCAGUCCCCAGUCUGGCUGCCGCAUUCUGGAUUAGUUGCAGUUUCCGGGUCACCUUCAAAGGUAGCCCCAUGUAGAGUCCCUGAUGGGGAAAAGGCAGUUUAUAUAAAUAAACAGAGGAGAAUAACUGCAACUUUCCCAGCUGACCUAUACUGCGCUUCCUCUGUUUCUCUCCCCCCCCCAACCUCCCAUUCAGUUUUUUGACCCUCCGGACGAGCUGGACAGGAAAGUCGCCCAGCUGGCCCUCUUGAUCCGGGAGGCUUCCAACGUGGUUUUCCACACCGGGGCUGGCAUCAGCACGUCUUCGGGAAUCCCAGACUUCAGGUGAGUGGAGCGACGGGUAUUUGGGACUUGGGAACCCCCUACGCCCCCCUCCAAGGCCGCUGAUUUGUUAUGGGUCACCCAUGAAGAUCCUGGGUAGCAGCCUUUCUGUCAGGUAAAGAUUUGCCCCCCUGUUCCCUGCAGAGGCCCCAAUGGCGUCUGGACCAUGGAGGAGCGGGGUCUGUCCCCGAAGUUCGACACCACCUUUGAGAACGCGCGGCCGUCCACGACCCACAUGGCCCUCUUGGGGCUCCAGAGAGCAGGCGUCCUGCGGUUCCUGGUCAGCCAGAACGUGGACGGUCUCCACGUACGCUCGGGGUUCCCCAGGUAAGGGGACACUUCCCGUGGCUUUGUGCCGUGUGAAGAAAUCGCUUUCGUUAAGCUCUGGGACAGCUCAGGGGGCAGAGCAUGAGACUGUCAAUCUGUGGGUCGCAGGUCCAAGCUAUCUAUCAUGAAUGCCGUGCUCCACGAUUCUGCAGUUCCAUGCACAUUAAAAAAAGCAAAGCCUCUGGUCUGAUCUCAGGUCCUUUUACAGCAUCAAGCUGUCAAAGUUCCACACCCUCUCUUUUCUCCUCUUCCGCAGGGACAAGUUGGCGGAGUUGCACGGGAACAUGUUUGUGGAGGAAUGCAUGAAAUGUGGAAAGUAGGUACCCUCUCCGGCGAUGUGGGUUCCUCGGCUUCCUGUGGGUGGUGGUGGUGGCAGGGAGAUUCCUCCCCCUGGUUCCAGCUGCCUCCGUUGCAAAAUUAAAUGUGAGGAUGUGGCACAGCAGGGAAAGGGGGAAUCAAAACGACAGAGGUCGGGUGGGGUGGAGGAAAGGCCGCAGAAUUUGGGGCCUUAAUGCAGCAGUGGGGAACCUUUUUGCCGCUGCCCAAGACGCUGCUGAAUCACAACUCCCACCAUCCCCAGCCGUCGAUCGUGCUUCCAUGCAGGGGGCCUGGUGGGAGUUGUAGUUUGGCGGUGCCUGGAAGGUCACAUCUGGCAGCCCAAAGGCAGCUCUCGCCAGCCCGGAUGUUUUGGGAACUGGUAGGACAGUUGCGGAGGGACGCGGGUGUCGCUGUGGGUUAAACCACAGAGCCUUGGACUUGCCAAUCAGAAGGUCAGCGGUUCGAAUCCCCGCGACGGAGUGAGCUCCCGUUGCUCGGUCCCUGCUCCUGCCAACCUAGCAGUUCGAAAGCACGUCAAAGUGCAAGUAGAUCAAUAGGUACCGCUCCGGCGGGAAGGCAAACGGCGUUUCCAUGCGCUGCUCUGGUUUGCCAGAAGCGGCUUAGUCCUGCUGGCCACAUGACCCGGAAGCUGUACGCUGGCUCCCUCGGCCAAUAAAGCGAGAUGAACGCCACAACCCCAGAGUCAGCCACGACUGGACCUAAUGGUCAGGGGUCCCUUUACCCUUUACCUUUAAGAUGCUGCUGAAUCACAACUCCCACCAUCCCCAGCCGUCGAUCGUGCUUCCGUGCAGGGGGCCUGGUGGGAGUUGUAGUUUGGCGGUGCCUGGGAGGCCACAUCUGGCAGCCGAAAGGCAGCUCUCGCCAGCCCGGGUGUUUUGGGAACUGGUAGGACAGUUGCCAACCCAAACAGUUGGCCUGGAAAGGUGGGUGGGUGGGUGGGUGGGUCAGGGAGGAAAACCCCCCGACUGGAAUGGACCUUUGCUGCAAGGUCUGAAUUGCAGGGGCAAGCGGUGGAUCGAAGAGGGCAGGGAUUCCUCUUCUCAUGGCAUGACUCUGCUCCCCGCUUGCUCCCAGGAAACCUCCACUCCUCCCUCUGUGUGUUUGUCUUUAAGGCAGUAUGUGAGGGACGCCGUGGUGGGCACCAUGGGCCUGAAGCCCACCGGCCGGCUGUGCGAGGUCUCCAAGCGCAGAGGCCUUCGGUCCUGCAGGUACGUGGUGGGGGAAGGUUCGGGCUAGUAAUUGUGUGUCAUAUUUUAAUAGCCGCCACACAAAAUUUUGACCACCUUGCGAGUUAUACCAUGGGGUUGUUCUCUAGCAGCAAGAAACUCUUCAGAACUUGCCGUGCAUGUCUGGGGUAUCGCACCUAGCUGAAUAGAAGUAAGCAUUUCAAAUGAAACCCACAAGUUUGGGUUUCUUGUUUUUGUUUAUCCAACUAAAACUCUCCCCACCCCAACCCCGCUUUUUCUCAAAAGAGGGAAGCUAAUAGACACCAUCUUGGACUGGGAAGAUUCCCUGCCUGACCGGGACCUCAAUCUGGCAAGUGAAGCGAGCAGGUAAGGGUAUUUUAUUUAUUUUAUUUGUUGUUUAGUCGUUUAGUCAUGUCCACCUCUUCGUGACCCCCUGGACCAGAGCACACCAGGCCCUCCUGUCUUCCACUGCCUCCUGCAGUUUGGUCAAACUCAUGCUGGUAGCUUCGAGAACACUGUCCCACCAUCUCGUCCUCUGUCGUCCCCUUCUCCUUGUGCCCUCCCUCUUUCCCAACAUCAGGGUCUUUUCCAGGGAGUCUUCUCUUCUCCUGAGGUGGCCAAAGUCUUGGAGCCUCAGCUUCAGGAUCUGUCCUUCCAGUGAGCACUCAGGGCUGAUUUCCUUCAGAAUGGAGAGGUUGGAUCUUCUUGCAGUCCAUGGGACUCUCCAGAGUCUCCUCCAGCACCAGAAUUCAAAAGCAUCCAUUCUUUGGCGAUCAGCCUUCUUGAUGGUCCAGCUCUCACUUCCACACAUCACUACUGGGAAAACCAGAGCUUGAACUAUACGGACCUUUGUUGGCAAGGUGAUGUCUCUGCUUUUGAAGAUGCUGUCUAGGUUUGUCAUUGCUUUUCUCCCAAGAAGCAGGCGUGGCUGCUGUCACCAUCUGCAGUGAUCAUGGAGCCCAGGAAAGUAGAAUUUAUUUUAUUUUAUUUUUAUUUAUUUAUUUUGUCCCCUGCAGGAGAGCCGAUUUGUCCAUCACUCUGGGGACGUCCCUGCAAAUCAAGCCCAGUGGAGACCUUCCUCUGUUGACCAAGAAGAAGGGAGGGAAACUGGUGAUUGUGAAUUUGCAGCCAACAAAGCACGUGAGUUCAAUUCGGGCCUCACCGGCAGCUCAGGAACUGCAACCAGUCUUAGAAACUCAAAUAUAUCAGCUAGGUGCCAAAUGCCUCCUUAAACCAAGGUUGCGGUCGGCGAAACAGAAUGUCUAGUUGUCACGAUUUAAAUCACGAAUUUGGUUAUCAAGAUUUAAAUCACUAGUCAGUAAGACUUGAUUUAAAUCAUUUUAUUUUAUUUUACAGAAAGACUCAGCCUUGCUGGUAUCAUCUUAAUAUUUACAACCAGAGUAGUUUUUACAGUUGUAUCCAAAAUUACUGAUUUGGUUAUACUAUUAGAAAUACAUAGACCGGUAAUUACGAAAUUAUGGUGAGGUUUAAUAAGUUAACUUUUCUGCUGUACUUUAUAGGAAGGAGACAAAUAACCAUUUCCUUAAUAGCAAUUUAAACAAUUAAUUUAACUAAAACAAUGACGUUAUAGCGUAUGUAUCCAUGUUUGUUUACUGAUGCGGUUAAACAAUUUUCAAAAAAAUAAAAACUUAGACUGAGUUUAGGCACACAUGGGAAACUUAAAACAAAUCCUUAUUUCCUGACGAAUAGCCUUUGGUCUAUAAUGUAACUUAAAUAGAAAAUCUUUAGAAAAAUUCCUCCCUCCCCAAUAAAGCAUUUCAUUUUAAAAAUCCGAUUUAAAUCAAAUCCGAUUUAAAUUUUUAAAAAUCUGAUUUAAAUUUAAAAAUUCUGAUUUAAAUGAAAAAAAACUGAUUUAAAUGAAAAAAAAUCCGAUUUAAAUGAAAAAAAAAUCCAUUUUUGAAUUUAUUUAUUUUUUUAAAAAAUCGAUUGAUUUUCAUCCACCCUGCUUCGUAGGCCGCCUCGGCGCUGCCAACCCCCGUUCCCCACCUCUCUCUCUUUCUCUCCCCUUCAGGACAAGCACGCUGACCUGCGGAUCCACGGCUAUGUGGACGACGUCAUGGCAAAGCUCAUGAAACACCUCGGCUUGGAGAUCCCCGAGUGGACUAGUCCGCUGGUGGUGGAGAGCGCGGAACUCGCUGAGACCAAAGCGUUCGCCAAGCCCGGCACGGACUUUAAGUUCCUGACCAAGGCGGAGCCCCUGGGGGGAAACCCGGAGGACGGCGCCUCUCCGAAACAGGAGCCCUGUGCGACUCCGGACAGCGACCGCGUCGUAGCCAAGCGUUUGAAAUUGGAGCCUCUGCCCACCUGAUGGAUCCUGCGCACGUUCGUCCGGGUCGUCUGUCUUAGAAACAUUUUUUUUACUUGUAUAUAGGACUUUUCAAAGACCAUCCCUCCUUGUUUAUGUGGGUUUUUUCCCCCCCACCGUGGGAAAGUUUGUCUCCUUUUCACAAGUCUACUUGCACACUCCAGGCACGUUCCGUCCCCACGAGAUCGCUUCCAAGACCUCAUUUGUACCUAACGAGGCAGCCACAAUUUCCCACUCUGGGGUCUUUUCCCCGCACGUUCUCCACCCUCCGUCCCCCGCCGGCGGAGACGUUUCAUCCGCAUACGGACAAAAAAGGGGAAACACAUACUAAAAUGCUGGCGGGUUUUCACGAAGUUAAAAAUAAAAACAAAUUGCCAAAUUCCUGGAGAAUGGAACUUAAGUUCAGGGGAAGUGAGCAAACCAAAAGUGGCAAAUUUGUCCAUCUCUAAUCCAAAAUAAGCACUAUAAUAGGAGUGGAAGAAUCAGUGAAAUUAUAAAUGAUGAUUUCCCAGAAGCAAUUUUCCUCGAGUUACUGGGUCUGCUACAUGAAUUUUUGGUCAUGUCAAUGGUUCUUUGAAGCCUUAACCCAAGGUAUGUUGUUGUUAUUAUUUAUUAUACGAUGGCACUCAUCUGACCGGGUUGACCCAGCCACUCUGGGGGCUUGGUGCUCAGAAUAAAGUUUCCCUGCAUUCCCUUGGCAAGCAAACCACUUUGGGAUUCUUAUUAAUUACGAUUCUUCCGAAACCGCCUCUCUGCCCAACAAACAAUCGGAACCUGGCCCAGGUGUGGUUGUGCAAACAUGUUUGCACAUCUUGCUUGGAAAGCGAGCUCGGGGAGCAAAAGAGCUCAGUGCUGUGGGUCGUCGUUAAUCUCCCCUCUGCAAUUAUAGAAGCAGCAGUCAUUGCAGCAAUUACUUUGACGAACGAUGCGCAAAGGGAGCAAAGGACAGGGCCAGUUUUCCUUCGCUCUCUGCAACUUUUGCAGCUGGUCUCUCUGCAGUUGCUGUUGCCCCUGGAGUCUCAGACCUCUGCUCCUCCAAAACGCUUCCUUUCCCUGGGUGCAGCCACAAAUAGGGAGGGGGGCACUGAAAUAUUUGUUGUUGUUGAGUCGUUUAGUCGUGUCCGCCUCUUGGUGACCCCCUGGACCAGAGCACGCCAGGCCCUCCUGUCUUCCACUGCCUCCCGCAGUUUGGUCAGACUCAUGUUUGUAGCUUCGAGAACACUGUCCCACCAUCUCGUCCUCUGUCAUCCCCUUCUCCUUGUGCCCUCCAUCUUUCCCAACAUCAGGGUCUUUUCCAGGGAGUCUUCUCUUCUCCUGAGGGGGCCAAAGUCUUGGAGCCUCAGCUUCAGGAUCUGUCCUUCCAGUGAGCACUCAGGGCUGAUUUCCUUCCGAAUGGAGAGGUUGGAUCUUCUUGCAGUCCAUGGGACUCUCAAGAGUCUCCUCCAGCACUUCUUCUUGCAGUCCAUGGGACUGAACUAUUGGCUUUGCCUAAACUCAAAUUCCCCAGUCUAAUAUCCCGAGUGCUGCAAGAUCCCAAAAGCGCCUGGACUAAAAUGGUCUAUCAGAAAAUUCACUCUGCUGGUUUAUCACCACAACAGCUACUUGCUUUGGGUUUUGGUAAAGCAAGUGGUCUAAUUUGUCGGCGCCUAAAUGAUAUCAAGCGUCAGAACAACUAGGCCACAAUAAGGAGAUUUUGCCCAUGGCAUGGCUAUUUUCCACCUACCCAUUUUGACACUCCGGCACCCUAUCUACAAAACCUAGCAAUUCUAAAAUACAGACGCGCUUUUACCCUCGGAAGAUUGAAAGUCUUGCCCUCGGCUGGACUUGAAGGGACCAGGUUUCUUCGCUUUCUGAAAGUCUAGAAAGCAUUUGUUGAAUAUUAUUUUUUGCUUCGUCAUUAAAAACUCACAGCAGUGAUAAUCA